UUUCAGCAUCACCAAACAUUUUACGCACGCAUUUUUCAGAGGACGGAUUAAGCUGCCACGUUAAACCUCUCUGUCACUGACCUGUCGAAGAGAUGUUUCUCCCUCUCUAGCAGCUGGUCGAGAAUCGAUGGGUUUACACUUUUCAGAAUUUCUGUUUCUGUUGAGGAUUAAGUCCAAAUCAGAGAGGAGGAUUUGUGGGAACAUGUCCGGGAAAAGAGCGAAAGCAAAAUGUGUCUGGAGGUUAAAACGUUAUGGCCGCUUUCUGCCCAAAGCCAAGGAGACGGGAGAGAAGUGCUCUUGGAAGGUGUUCGAGUCCAAUGAAACCACAGGCAGGUUGGAGCUGAUGGUACUGGAAUCUGGUCAUCUGCUUGUCUCUCAGGCGCAAGAACUGCUGGAAGGAUUCUCUCUUCUCAACGCUCAGAGUUUUCUGAAGAUCCAAAAAAAAGCAGACAGCCUGCUUUUGCACAUGACACUGAAGGGAGAGAGCCGUAUGAUAAGACUACAGUUUGCUGGUAAAGACAGGUCUGAAGCAGUAGAUCUUUGCAACAAAGCAGUGGAGAGACUACAGGAAUAUCUGCUGGUUGGCACUCAGGCACCCCCUGCCCCUCCUCCUGCAACUCACACCUCUGAAACUGACCAGCAGAAGCAGACUCCAGUAGAAGCGCCACAGGCCACCCCUGACGUUGCCAAGGAAUCUGUGUCCAUCAAGCAUCUUUCUCAGUAUUUCCUGGGUGAACAUGGGCUGUCCCUGCCCAUGGCAUAUCGUCAUUUUGCUCUGCCCCCUGGUGAACUGGAGGACCUAUUGCGCCUCUGUCUGCUUGACUGUGGUUUCCCUGCCUUUGUAGAAGAGGUGGAGAACAAGCUAAAAGCACUGAUUCAGGAUUGAGAUCUGAAGCAAGAGUGGAGCUUUUUGUCUUGUAUCUCCAAAUUGACUGCUUUAAGUCCUGUUUAUCUGAUGAUGAGAAUUUUGGUUGGCUAGCAGGACUUGCUCACUAGUCCCAGUUUGUUGAUAAAAAACAUUUGUGUGUCUGAAUCUAAACCUAGUCUUUGCAUCACAGCACAUGACUUGACUGUCUGAGAUUUGAUGCUUGAUUAAUAUACUGUUUGGGUUUUGUGUCUAAAUGAUUAACAGAACAAGAACAGGAAGGAGCAGGAGGGGUUGCGUGUUUGUGAAGGAGGAAAUGCCCUUUUGACACUCAUGGGCAAGUGGUCAGAAAGAGAGGUAGUGAAUAAAUGUGCAAUAGGUUAGAGAGACCUGAAUAACAGAAUGUAGGGAUAAGUGAAAACUGGUGUAUAAAUACUACUCAAGCUGUGUUAAUAAACCAGAGUUGGACUCCUUGAACCUCAAGUGGAGUCAGUUAUCCUGAUUAAGCUGUAAAGAGUAAAAUUGCCAUAACAGUUGUAAUCAGUUUUUGAAGUCCAGUUUUGGAAACUGUUGUUCUGUUUUCAUAUAUUUUCUUUUGACUUUUUCCUCCUAAUGCAAGUAGAUGAUCUUAGCAAGUAGAUCGCCUCAGAAAUAUUUUCUGAGAAACAAAUAACUUGUAUCAUUGUCAAUAAAAAAAAAUACAUGGAGGAUGGUC